UAGUAAAAGAAGCAGUAGAGCUGUUUGGCCUGUGACAGAAUUAUGGUUCGACUAACAACAGACCUACUUGCUAAAAGCAUCAGUCGCAAGAAUCGCAAUGAAGACGACUUUGGACAGUAUCUGCGAAAAAUAACUCAUCUGAAUUUCUCAGAUAAAAAUAUAGAUGCAAUUGGUGAUCUCUCUUUGUGUAAAAAUCUUAGAGUUCUGUAUUUAUAUGAUAACCAAAUCAGUCAAAUCCAGAACCUGGACUUUGCUUCAAAUAUAACGCACCUUUACCUUCAAAACAAUUGUAUUUCAUGUAUGGAAAAUCUCUCGUCGCUGAAAAACCUUGAAAAACUCUAUCUGGGGGGCAACUGCAUCACUGUUGUAGAGGGUUUGGAUAAAUUAGAAGAAAUAAGGGAGCUACAUAUUGAAAGUCAAUGCCUCCCACUUGGUGAAAAGCUUCUGUUUGAUCCAAGAACUCUUAGAUCCCUGGCAAAAUCUUUGUCUGUGUUGAAUAUCAGCAAUAACAACAUUAAUGAAUUAAAAGAACUGGCAGUUUUGGAAAAUCUUUCUUACCUUAGAGCAGUUGACAAUCAACUUCAACAUAUGAAGGAUUUGGAGGUUGUAUUAAACAAAUGGACAAAGCUACGCAGAAUGGAUCUUACAGGAAACCCCUUGUGCCACAAGCCGAAGUACAGGGACAGGAUUGUGGUACAGUCACGAACUCUGGAAUCCCUUGAUGGGAAAGAAAUUAAAGAAAUAGAAAGACAGUUCCUAGUGAAUUGGAAAGCCUCCAAAGCUGCCAGGAGAAAAAACAAAGAAAGAAUGACAAAUGAGCAUGCAGUCCAUCUACAUUGUUCUGACUUUGAAAUACUUUAUCCUACUCUUCCUUUUCACUACAGUCCAUCUGUGAAACAAAAUCCAAAUUUUUUACUUUUGUCUGAGAUGCACAGAGUCGAAAGAAAACCUCUGCCAAGAAUCCUAGAAAAAAAAUUGUCAUAUGAAAACUCAGGCAGGGAUAAAGCGGCGCAUAGAACUGCCUGUGAUACAGCUGUAAAAGCCACACAAUACAAAAGUUCUGCGACUGGGGCAGAAAGGGAAGAAAAUGGCCAAGAAAUCGAGUCGGUGUUCAAGAUGUGCCCAGUGACUUUUCAGGAUGAGGAUUCAGACACGUGA